GCGAUACUUCUUUUGUUGUAACAAGUUCGUGUUGGAAUUAUCAUUUAAUAUUACAUGCACGUGGGUAAACAAAGACAGCACGAAAUCUCAUGUAAAUCACAUGCUUGUUUAUUUUUCCAGGAUUGUUGACAUGCCUCUGUGAACGUGGUGUUUCCAUUGAAGACAUUUCACCAGCACAGAUCUGAUAAGCAUCGCGGAAUCUCCACAAUCGGCCGAAAGCCGCGGGACUCCGUAGGCAAAGCACAACACAUAUGCCUUGUGCGCCACGGUAUCUGGCUAUGGAAUACCUUUAUGCGAGACUUGGCUUAUCAGUUCAACGCUCGCACCGCGUCUUUGUUCCGUGUAAGCGGUGGAUUGGAAAUACUAAUAACGAAUGCGAGAAGUUAAUUACAUCUGGUAUAGAGGUAUAAGUGAGUGACUUAGUAGCUACGUAUUUGUUAGAGUUAAGUACAUGUGUGCGUGUUGGUGUUUUGUGUGGUACCAGUGAACAAAGGAGUAUACGUAUGUAAAUAGUGGAAGCCAGUUAUUGGAUUUAUACGAGUGGAACAUAUGUAUUGUUUCUGUAAGUGGUUUUCACGUUUUUUAUACGAGUGUAAACUUAAUAAAAAAAGUCAGUGGUAUGGUAUGGUGAUAGUAAUGUUUUAGUAAAAGUUUAUAAUGUUUUCGUGCAAUCGAGUGACAUACGACCGGCAAAAGAGGAAUUAAUUUCAUUUGAUAGAAAAGGCAAUAACGACAAACAAUUACAUGAACUUAUGAAUAUAAUUAAAACCUGGCUAGGUUUAAUCGCUGCCUAGUUUUUUUUGUUAUAUAACAUAAAGCAUUUCGUUAACGUGGUUAUUCAAUUAAUGUCGACGCAGAAGCACUUACAGUGGUUUAGCGGAUUACUUAUUUAGGAAAGAACAAUAUAAACCUACUUGAAAAUUACGUCAUAUAUAUGAAAAAGGAUAUAACAUUUCCGAAUUCUGCAUGUAAUAAUUACAUAAUUAACAGAGCGCUCGUCAUUAAAGCAACAUUUUGUUAGCAAUAGUGUUGCACAGAUAUGUAGAGGAAAGUUUCUGAAGUUAUUAUAGAUCACAUUUUUAAGAGCCUCCAAUCAAAAACCACUUACACGGCGAUCUUUUAUCGAUACUAGUUUGUUUACGUAUACAGUAACGUCUACUUUACAACAGAGUAACGAAGUGGGAUUUAUACUUAGUGUUGUUUUUGGUGUAGCAUCUUCAAUCAUUGCGUGUGAGAUUUAAACUUGGAUUACACAGCGGUAACAUGGCUGACCGAACGAGUCGGCGGAACAUCCUGUGGCUCCUGGUCAGUCUCUGGGCGCUCUUCAGGACCAACGAGGCCCUCAAAACAGAGCACUUUCGCGUUGUUGGUCUGUUCGAGCCCGAAGAGAAAGCACAGAAGCUCGCGUUUACGAACGCUAUAGAGACGCUAAACUUGAACACGCCUGUGACAUCCAGUAACAUGGUCGUUUACUUUGCACCCGAGGUGCAGCCCAACGACAGCUUCGAGGCCAACAAGGAAGAUCGUGUGCAGUUUGACACUCACGGACCUUGGGAAACCCGAGUAUGCCGGCAGAUGAAAGAAGGCAUCGCCGCAGUGUUUGGCCCCGUCUCGCGCAUCCCUCGUGCGCACGUGCAGUCGAUAUGCCAGGCGUUUGAGAUCCCGCACCUGAACGCGCAGUGGGACCCCCGAGAGAGUCUGGAUUACUUCACCAUCAGCCUCUACCCUGACAACGGCAUCCUGAGUACGGCGAGCGCCGAACUUAUCCGCCACUGGAACUGGAAGCAGUUUACCGUUAUAUACGAGAAUGACGAUGGUCUCCUGCGCCUACAGGAAGUGCUUAAGGCGACCAAGGGCAACGACAACAAACUGACAGUGCGGCGUCUCGAGUCCAAGACCAGCGGCUACAUCGGCAUGUUCAAGGACCUCAAGGCUAAGGGCGAGUACCACGUGGUCGUGGACUGUGACGUCAACAAGAUUGGGACAUUUCUGCACGAGGCCCUGAAGGUAAACAUGCUGUCGGAGUACUACCACUACCACUUCACUACGCUGGACCUCGGUAUGGUUGAUUUAGAAGACUACAAGUACAGCGGUGCCAACAUCACAGCCAUGAGGCUUAUCGACCCCAACCGGCCCCAAGUUGUGGAAGUGAUGACAGCAUGGUCGUACCUGGAGGCGAACAUGCAGGAGUCGCCGCUGUUGGGAAAGAAAUACCUAAAGACGGAAGUGGCGCUGGUGUACGACGCGGUGAUCCUUUUCUUCAAGUCCCUCGCGGAGCUGACGAAUUCGCAGAACGACGUGAAGACCAAGUCGCUAAACUGCAACAAGCGGGACGGUUGGGAGAUGGGAAGUAGCCUCCUGAACUUCAUGAAAUCGUUGGAGUUUGAAGGGUUGUCUGGAAAGGUCCGAUACAAAUCCGAUAAUAAGCGAUCCGACAUCAGCCUUGACGUCGUAGAACUCUCACAAGCAGGUCUGAAAAAGGUGGGCAAUUGGGACCCCACGAACGGCGUUAACAUAUCGGCCUCGUUCAAAGAGAAAUUCACUGCCGACGCCAGCAAGCUGAAGAACAUGACUCUGAGAGUGGUCACCGUCUACGAAGAUCCGUACCUAAUGAGGAAGGAAGGCCCUGACGGUAAGUUCUUUCACGAAGGCUUCAUGAUCGACCUCCUCGAUCUGAUAAAGGAGAGACUGGGCUUCAACUACACCGUGUACCAGGUUGCGGACGCGGCGUUCGGUCGCGAGGUGUCUCCUGGGGUAUGGGACGGCAUGGUUGGAGACCUAAUGAAGCGAGACCCGAAAGGGAAAGCAGAUAUCGCCGCCGCCGGCUAUACGAUCACUUACGAGCGCGAGAAGGUCGUCGAUUUCACGAAACCCUUCCUCAACCUGGGUAUCACGAUUGUCUACAAAAAGCCGACGAAGGCGCCUCCAGAGCUCUUCUCCUUCCUGUCGCCGCUGUCAAUAAACGUAUGGAUAUACAUGAUGGCCGCCUACCUAUGUGUUAGCUUCAUGCUGUUUGUAAUUGCCAGGUUCAGUCCGUACGAGUGGACAAACCCUCACCCGUGCAAUGAAGAUUCGGACCUUGUCGAGAACCAGUUCACCAUUUUGAACAGUCUCUGGUUUACCAUAGGAUCUCUUAUGCAGCAAGGAUGCGAAAUAGCACCGAGAGCCAUCUCUACGCGUAUGGUGGCGUGCAUAUGGUGGUUCUUUACCCUAAUUAUGAUCUCCUCUUACACCGCCAACCUCGCCGCGUUCCUCACCGUGGAGCGCAUGAUUUCCGAUAUAGAGAGCGUUGAGGAUUUAGCGAAACAGCAGAAAAUACCAUAUGGCGUUCAGGCAAAUGGCUCUACCCGAACAUUUUUUGAGACCUCGACCGAACCAACGUUCCAGAAAAUGUGGAGUUUUAUGAAGGCCCACCCGGAUGCGGCCUUCGUCUCGAAUAGCAAAGAAGGCAUACAAAGGGUGAAAACCUCCAACUACGCGUAUAUCGCCGAGUCCACCACCAUUGACUACCAGGUGCAGCGCAACUGCGAGCUUACGCAAGUCGGCGGGCUGCUCGACUCCAAGGGCUACGGUCUUGCAUUCCCUAAAGACUCGCCGUGGACGGACCUUAUUUCGCGCGAGGUGAUCUACUUCCAGGAGAACCAGGAAAUCUCCAAGCUCUACACGAAGUGGUGGAAGGAGAAGAGCGGUGGCAAGUGUGACGUCGACGAGAGCGCGAAGGCCGCCAGCUCCCUUGGGGUCAAGCACGUGGGCGGCGUGUUCGUUGUGCUUGUAGGGGGCCUGAUGGCAGGUCUGCUGCUCGCGUGCUGCGAGUUCAUGUGGAAGGCGAAAAAGAACGCCAGGAUUGACAAGCAAUCGUUUUGCUCAGAAAUCUCCGAGGAGUUGCGGUUCGCCGUGCGCUGUUGUGGUAAAUCAGAGAAAAACACUCGCAGGGUGUCCAGCAAGGACAUCGUAGACAAUGGGAUACAAUUUGCUCCUUUAACUGGCAUAACGCAACGAAACAAUGGCAAAGAGCUGUAUGCAUAACGAGAGUUCUAUGAAGGCUAACUAUUGUUUAUGUAUUCCGGAAAGCGAAUGAAUAAUGCUAAACAGCUGUAUGCAUAGCUCUCUCGUAUACGUGUGUUCCCUGUAUUUUAUUUCGAACCUAAACGAGAGGUUUCAAAAAGCAGUUUGCUUUACAUGAGUUGUCUUAAAGGUUCCUGUAUUUUAUUCCGAAAGCAUUAUUGUGAAACAAUUUCUUCAUCUAGCAUCGUCGUAGAUCUUCAUUGAUUCACACUGCAGUGUUUUAAUUUCAUGUGUUGAAACGUUAAUGUGAUGACGUCAUGACGUAAUUUGUUGUGAUUAUAUUACUGCUGGUCAUUUGUGGAUUAAAUGGAUAAUGGAGGGGGGGGGGGAAUUCUGACAAACUGACCCGCAUUUUCCGUUGUUGUUUUUGUGCAGAAGAAUAUUGACUCGAAUGUUUUUCACGUUAGGACAAUGAAGUACAUCGUAAUGAAAAUAUGUUUGUACAGCUAUCGUUCCUGCUGUUAUUUCUUUUCCCAAUGAGUGCAAAUAAUCAUGUUAUGAACGAACGUAUGGAAGGAUACUAAACGCAUGUUCAAAAUAUUCAUGUUACUGUGUUCACAUGUAAUCAUAACCAUUUUAUGAACGCAGAACGGAUGCGAUCUUAAAACUAUUCGGCGAGAUUAUGUAUCGCUAUAUGAAAUAAAAUCUAUGGAUUGCAUCUAUA